AUGGCGGUGCCGCGGCCGUCGUGGUCGCGGUCGGUCACAGAGACCGUGCGGGGAUCGCACCAGUACACGGUCAAGGGAUUCUCCCUCGCCAAGGGCAUCGGUCCCGGCCGGCACCUCUCCAGUGACACCUUCGCCGUCGGCGGCUACGACUGGGCCGUCUACCUCUACCCGGACGGGAAGAACCACGAGGACAACGCCAGCUACGUCUCCGUGUUUGUCGCCCUCGCCUCCGAGGGUACCGACGUCCGCGCCCUCUUCGAGCUUACCCUCCUCGACCAGUCCGGCCGCGCCCGCCACAAGGUCCACUCCCAUUUCGACCGAUCCAUGCAGGCCGGACCAUACACCCUCAAGUACAGAGGAUCCAUGUGGGGUUACAAGAGAUUCUACAGAAGGACCCAGUUAGAAGCAUCAGAUUUUUUAAAGGAUGAUUGCCUAGUAAUGAACUGCACAGUAGGUGUCGUCAAGAACCGUCUCGAAACACCAAAGAAUAUCCAGAUUAAUGUCCCCCCAUCGGAUAUUGGCCGUUGCUUCAAGGAGCUCUUCGAACUCCACAUUGGCUGUGACAUAACUUUUGAAGUAGGUGAUGAGAAAGUCCAGGCACAUAAAUGGAUUCUUGCCGCUCGCUCCCCGGUGUUCAAAGCCCAAUUCUUUGGACCUAUUGGUAAACCUGACAUGGACAGAGUUGUUGUGGAGGAUGUUGAACCUAUCGUCUUCAAGGCAAUGGUCAAUUUCAUAUAUUCUGAUGAGCUCCCUAGUAUUCAUGAAGUAGCUGGAUCUUUCUCAAUGUGGACAUCUACUGUGGUAACACAACAUCUGUUGGCAGCAGCUGAUAGAUAUGGGUUGGACCGGCUACGAAUCCUAUGUGAGGCAAAGUUAUGUGAUGAACUCACUUCUGAAACAGUAGCGACAACCUUAGCCCUAGCUGAACAGCACCACUGUGCUCAGCUCAAGUCUGCCUGUCUAAAAUUCACUGCCGUUCGACAAAAUCUGGGAGCCUUUCCCGCAGGGUCCGGGGAAGGGUCCAACCACUUUGGGUCUAUUAUAUGCAGCCUUUCCCUACAUUUCUGCAAGAGGCUGUUUCCAGGACUCAAACCCGUGACCUAA